AUGAAGUCACAUGCAGUUUGCCCACGGAGAGAGCCCUCUGCAAACUUUCAUAUCUCUGUCAAAAGCUGGUGGACCAUGGAGCUUCUUGUAAAUGUAAGAAAAUGGAUAGAAGAAAACAAACCUGCCUUUUUGCCACCUGUGUGCAAUAAGCUUAUGCAUCGCCAUCAAUUAAAUGUGAUGUUUGUUGGAGGGCCAAAUGAAAGGAAGGAUUAUCAUAUUGAAGAAGGAGAAGAGCUUUUUUACCAGGUUAAAGGAGAUAUGUGUUUGAAGAUAAUUGAAAAUGGGAAACAUAAAGAUGUUGUCAUCCGAGAAGGGGAGAUGUUCCUCCUACCUGCUAGGAUACCUCAUUCUCCUCAGAGAUACGCAAACACUGUGGGUCUUGUGAUUGAGAGGGAAAGAUCAAAGACAGAGAUUGAUGGGCUCAGAUACUAUGUUGGAGAGUCAACUAACGUCCUCUUUGAAAAAUGGUUUCACUGUGAAGACCUUGGCACUCAACUUACACCAAUUAUUCAAGAGUUUUUCAAUUCAAGGCAAUAUAAAACUGGAAAACCAAAUCCAGAUGAACUCCUGAAAGAAACACCUUUCCCACUAAAUUCCACUUCUGUUAUGGAGCCGUUUUCCUUCCAAGGCUGGUUAAAUGAUCAUCGUGGUGAAAUAAAACAGAAGAAAUCCUUGAGUAUGUUUGGAGAUAACUUUGAAACAGAGGUUAUAGCUUAUGGACCAGGAACAACUGAGAAAAGUAAAAAGAAUUCAGAUAUCUGGAUAUGGCAGCUGGAGGGCACAUCAACUGUUACCAUGGAUGGUAAAACCCUGACUCUGUCUGCUGGUGACAGCCUGCUUGUCCUUGCCCAGUCUACGUACUGCUGGAAGAGAGCAGAAGAAUGUGUUGCGCUCUGCAUUGCUCAGGAUCCAAAACGCAAGCAGCCUUAUACCUAGGCUCCUGUGCCAGCUGACUUUGAUGAUAACUAAGUUUAACCUAUUUGCCUUAUCUUAAUUAACUUUUAGCCGGAAUGCCUGAAAAUUUGAAUAGUCUAGCACAAUGAUUACAUUAAAUUAAGAGGAGUCAAGUGCUGCACCCAGUUAAAACUUCCCCCCCCCCCAAGUAGUUAAAGUUUCAGCAAAAUCAGUAAUUUAUUUAAAAAAAUAGUUCUUAUCUGAAAGAAAAUGAAAAUAGAUUCAAGUAGCAGGAUUACUUAUGUAAUAAUAUAUAUGAUACUACCUAGAAUAAGUUAAAUCUUUUCAAAUGCAAUUCUCUGCCACAAGGUGUAGAAAAUGAGAUAGGACAGGUAAUGUUAUGCCUACUUAGGGUGCAGUCUUAAUUUCCUUGUCUCAGUUUUGUCAUUUGUAAUAAAUGGGGUAUAACGUUAGUUACCCAGCCCACAGUAAGGGACCUUUAUUGGCAGCAGCUCACAGAUCUUCCGAGUUCUUUAGCUAAAAGGCCCUUUAAAAACCAAAACGAACUGUCCACUGCACUGCUCGAGGAUCUCAGAGCUUUGUGAAAGAGAGAAACGUAAAGGGGGAAGCAGUAUCUGCAACAAGCCGUACCUGCCACAAUAUCAAGCGUUACUUAGAUCACCACCGUACUUGCUUCAGGUAAUUUAUCGGUUUACCAAAUCCAACAGUGCAGUAUCAAUCACACAUACCAUGCUGGAUGCUGUCUGUGCACUACGCUAUCAAGAACAUAGCACAGCAAUAUGACUUAACACAGGAGCACCCCAGUCACGGGUGUUCUGGUGCAGCAGCAAUCUCCAGUCAAAGUAGCUUAAGCGUGUUGGAGGACACGGCAGCAGAAAAAUUAUUAUAAUGUUUCUGCUAUGUGCUAAUUCUUUUUGAACAAUGAUGUUUCUUGCAGAAAUAACAAGUGUCAAAUUAUCUUUUCCUGCUUUUAUUCCAGGAACUCUCCGGGUGGGGGGUGGAGGAGGUGUGUAUGAUUUUUUUUUAAUUGUUCUUGACAUUAUUAACAUCAGAAAACAAGUUGCUUAAACAUCUGCAACUAUUAUCAAUAGCAUGUUUGAGAAAGCAAAGCAUUACCAUUUCUUGAUUUUUUAAAAAUUCUAAUUAAGUUCAGAAAAUAUUUCUCUAAUAUAUCUCUUGGCUACAAAGCUCAUUAAACAGAGGUGUCAUGCGUGGGUUUUUUUCAAGUGUUCAUAAAUCUGGUAAGAAAGACGGCUUGGCUUUAAUCUAUAACUUACAUUUAAGUUCACUAGCUUUUCUAGUAAAGCAUACAGCAGAAUUUUGCUACAUCCUCCUAAUAACAGGGGACCUAAUUUGAGAUGUUGAGCCCAGUCCUUAAGGCUAUAUUGGGUGUGAGCUAUCACACAUGAAAAGGAGAUAUAACACUCCCUUUGAACAAAGGAGUCAUUCUUCUGAUCACCAUCGGUAUUGGUGUGUCUGUAGAAUUGCCUGCUCCUUGAGUGAACAUCUAUGGUUGAGGGAUCUAGGGUAGCAAAGUGUUAUAUUUUUAGUCCACCAGUUACAGGGUAACCACUGCAAUGCCAGCUAUGGAUUUACUUCAUAUCACAGAAACGUUUCUAUUUUUCACUCUGAAUGACAAGUGGACAGAACACAGCAACAUGUAGAACAACAUCCAGAAUAAUCAACAGCUCUUUACCCACCAAGAGGCACUGUGAGCCAUGGAAAUUUCAGAAUAAAAAUUAAGGCACCUCUCUUCCAGCUUUAGAGACUUAAGGAUUUAAAAUAAAGGCUCCACUUAAACUACGUUUGUGCUGAAGUCCUUUUAUCACAAAUUGUGCUUGAACACCUGAAUUCUACCCAAGUCCCAUACAAGGCACCCAGACCAGAAGCAUCAAGCCAUAGCUCCGUCACCUGCAGUUCUGCCACUGCCAGUGCUCAGAAACCAGGGCUGAGCAGGUCGUCCUAAAGGCUUAGUUAGGCAUGAUGUCUGCAAAGUGCCCUAAUGCACUCCUGUUGACAACGUGCUUGUGCAUGGGUGUCCAUGACAACACACCAGCCCAAAACCAUGUCAAAUGUAUAUACAGGACUUUUUCUUUUCUAUGCAAAGUGUACCUGCACCCUGAUUCGGGAACCCAUUUUCCAUCUGAAUUGUACAGAUAUUGUGUCACCUCUCACUUAAUAAACUUAUACAUUUUGGCAGGAUUGUGCUAACCUCAUUUUAUGGUCUUGCAUAGACUGUCCAUCUGUUGCUUGCUGUUUCUCCAAGAUUCAAAAGCAAAGCCUUUAUAAAAAUGUAUAUUCUAAGCAGUAUUAUAAUAAAGCCUACACAGACCAGAAGCCAUACCUGUACCAUGCUGCAUAAAUGAAUUAUUACCUUAAAUACACGGAAGACUGUCUAGAAUCAUAAGCUGGAGCUGACUUGAAAGCUUAGAAACACCCACAAAGGAGUUUGAGUCUACCUACAAGCAUCCACAGAGAUUCCAAGCCUGAAUCUCACCUAUCCUACAAGUCAGCAGGAGCUUUCCUCUUCACUUCGAGUGGAAAAAGGUGAUGCAGAGCAAUCCUGCCAGCUCUUGAGAAAAGUAUCAAGGGAGGCUAUCAUGGUUCAGUGCCUUUAAAAUGCUUAAUCCCAAUGAAAAAACUGGUAAAUUUCGUGAACAGAAAGAUAAAACAUUCCUUUUUAACUAUUGAUAUAUUUUGACUUCUAUUAUUAUAGCAUUUAAAUGGUAUAAUGAGCAAUAUAAGCAUUAUUACAGUACUUCAAAUCGAGCCAGUAUCUUACAUCUUACAGUCAGUCUUUCAAUUCAUGCAAAUUAGCCAUAUAGAUCAAAAAUAUUUAAAUCAUUUAGUGUCUCCUCCUAUUGCCACUAAGCUAGGCAGGUCUGACCUGAUAGGGUACUGAUAUUCUUAUUUUGAGCUAUGCUGACUUACAUGAAUUAUGGAAAUAAAUUGAUAGUGUCUCACUAUAUUCAUCCUUAUUAAGUAUUGAAAUAUGAGACUAUAACAAAAAUAUGUUGAUUAGCAAGGUUACAUUAUACAUUAGCACCAGUUCAAAACUAGUAUUGAUUGAAGUAAUCAUAAUACUUAAAAAAAGAAAUAAUCCUGGUACAGUAAAUAAAGCUUAAUCUUCACCAGCUAUUUCUAUAAUAUUGAAAUAAGACCUAUAAAAAGCAACUUUAUGCAAAACACAUAUAUUUGUGGUUCCAAGAGAACUACUAGAGGAAAACAAUGACCCUCACAGAUCAUGUAGUAAACAUAUCACAGAUCAACAGCAGAGCUCAAGAGUG